UAGGAUUAACCCUCUCCGCGCCCGGCCAGUUGCAGUCCCCAAAGGGGUAGAAGACUGCAAGCUGACUGGUCUGGAGAGGAUGGGGUGGCGCUAAGCCUGGAGACCCCGGCAGAAUCUGUGGUUGGAGGCUUGGACAGGUUGGCACCCCCGCCGGGCCUUUGAUCGUCCUGGGAGGGCCACCGCACGCUGCGUAGAUGUCCUUGGCAUCAACUUACGGACCCGUCCAGGAGGUCAAUCGGAAGCCUCCGGCUAGUGGCGAGAGGGAACCCAGGUGUCCGGGCAGUGGGCGCUGAGGAGUCGCUCAGAAGUAGGGCCCCAAGGCUCAGAGCAGCUGGGUAUGGGUACCGAAAAUGAAAGUCCAGAGCCGGACUGCCAGAAACAGUUCCAGGCCGCAGUCAGCGUCAUUCAGAACCUGCCUAAGAACGGCUCUUACCGCCCCUCCUAUAAAGAGAUGCUGCGAUUCUACAGCUACUACAAGCAGGCUACCAUGGGGCCCUGCCUGGUCCCCCAGCCUGGGUUCUGGGACCCUAUUGGACGUUAUAAAUGGUGAGCUCCCCAUCGGCUGGGCAAACAAGCCUCAGCUGUCAACCAGCAUUUCACAGCCCUCUGUCCCCCAGGGAUGCCUGGAACAGCCUGGGAAAGAUGAGCAGGGAGCAGGCCAUGUCCGCCUACAUCACUGAAAUGAAGCUGGUGGCCCAGAGGGUAGGGAGAGGCUGCGGACUCCUCUCUGUGACCAAGCUCUCAGCCAGGUGGCCUGCCCCCCACCCUUCCAGUCUGACCCCCAUUAUGUUUCCUGCACGUUGCUACCCCUAUGGGAAUUACCACCUUCAUGCUGUUCCCCCACCCCUGCCUGUCUCUGGUUCCCGACUGGGCACAAGGUGGGGAGGUAUGACAGGGCAGAAGCAGGGUGGAGGCAGCCCAGCUCAAGGGGGCAGUGGUGGGAGGGGCCAGCCCUUCCCCAUUAGACCCCCUCCUGCACAGGUGAUCGACACGGUGCCCCUGGGCGAGGUGGCAGAGGACAUGUUUGGUUACUUCGAGCCCCUGUACCAGGUGAUCCCUGACAUGCCGAGGCCCCCGGAGACCUUCCUGAAAAGGGUCACAGGUUGGAAAGAGCAGGUACUGAAUGGAGAUGCUGAGCCUGCCCCAGAGCCUCCCUGCCUUCCCAAGGAACCAGCACCCCCAAGCCCAGAGUCCCAGCCACCCAGGGACCAGGACUCUGAGGUUUUCUGUGAUUCCAUGGAGCAGCUGGAGCCUGAGCUGGUUUGGGCAGAGACGGGCGCCCUGGGAGGAGAGCUCAACACCAGAAACAGCACCGAGUCUCCUGCAGAGAAAGGGAGAUUGGAAAGCACCCUGCUGGGGCCCCAGGAAUUGGACACAUGGCUGGUGGGGACAGUUCGGGCGCUGCAGGAGAGCAUGCGGGACGUCCAGGGGAGACUGCAGAGCCUGGAGAGCAUGGCUGUCCCCUGCAAGCAGAGGCCUCCGCCCCGUGCCAGGCCUUGGCCCCUCAGGCUCUCUGCUCCCACGCUGCUCUUCUUCCUCCUGUGGCCCUUCAUCGUCCAGUGGCUCUUCCGACAGUUUCGGACCCAGAAGAGGUGACUCUCAAUGGAGGAGUCUGCAGCCAACGGAGGAGACUCUGAGUCUUCCUAGAGUUUAGGAGAACGGCGUUAAACCCGGCUCCCACCCCCUUCCUGCCGCAAUUAGUGUUUGCCUUGGCACCCCUCCCCUAAUGGGGAGCCGGAUAAGACCCCACUCUUCCUGCAGCUCCACAGGAACUCCCCUCCUCGCACCCCCAACCACCUCAACCUCCCUGGGGAGGCUGCACGUGUGGUGCACGUCCCCAGUUCAGGGUUGGCAGCUGAUUCAGGGGCAGGGCUGCCGGGUCUCAGCCUCUGCCUUCCCCACCCUCUGGGUCACCUGACUCCUUUCCCACCCCAGCCUCUCCCCGAGGAGGCUCAGCUUGUGGGCAAGUUGGGACUUGGGCCGGGGCCUGGAAGAAUGAUUGGCUGGGAGGCCCGACCGAGCUGGGGAAAGGCGGAGAGAGCUAACCCCGGGGGAGGGGAGUCUGCUCCGUUUUCCUGGCCGCCCUACCCCCACAUAUACUCAGGACGUCUUCACUAAACAUUAACUUACAAAAGAGUGUUUCACUAAAUAAAAUAAAACCUUCAUCUU